UUUAAAACCUUUAUUUAUAAAUUUCUAUACGAGCGCUUUCCGUAACAUAAAAGCGUCGUGCAUGACGUUAUCACAACGCGACGGCGCUAACGUUUGCAAAAGUGCGCCAUGGUCAAACGGCUGAAAUCAACACAAACCCUCACAGCUAAACACACGGAGGAAUUAUUUUACAGUCCUGUCCUCUUUUCUGCCACAAAGUAAGAACAGCGAUUGUUGGAUUGAAGAUAAAGUGUUCAUCUGUCCAAAAAGCAGUUAAGUUUAAACCUGGUCUAGCUUUGAGAAUCAUGGACAGUGAAAUUCAGCGAGACGGCAGAGUUCUGGAUCUGACAGACGACGCAUGGAGGGAAGACAGGCUGCCCUAUGAGGACGUCACCAUCCCUCUGAGUGAACUCCCUGAGGCCGAGCAGGACAACGGGGGAUCCACGGAGUCGGUGAAGGAGCAAGAGAUGAAAUGGACGGACCUUUCCCUGCAGAGCCUACACGAAAACACUCCGAACACUGGGAGUUGAAUCACCACUGACUGGACUUGGACUGUGGAACCAUAGCACCAGCUACGUUCAACCUCACCUGGUUUGAUGUCAGUGCAUUGAAAUAUAGUUUGACUGUUUGUAGUUUUCU